CUCUCACAUAAAAAUGCCUUCAAAGUAAAGAAGCUCAUCUAUAUCUCUCUCUCUCACACACACACAGACACUUUCUCUCUUAGCCAAACACUCCAUUUUCGAUCCACAGAGAGAUCUUUUCUAGUUCGAGAAAGAAAAAACGAAAAUGUUAGAUCCAGCCAAUGAUUUGCUACCGCCACCCUCUUCUCCCACGAAUUCAUCCAUUUCCUCCUCCGAUCUCGACACCGAGUCCACAGGCUCCUUCUUCCAUGAUCGGAGCACUACUCUCGGAACUCUAAUGGGCGUCAGCUUCCCGGCGAUUGCGUUCCGCAAUCCCUCCCAGCGCCACCGCGAAACUCCGUUAUCCGCGGUCGUUGGCUCCGCCGCCGACGGACGAGCUUUGAAUGGGUCUCGCAGGUGUAAGAAGUCGAAGGAUAAGAAGAAUGCCACGUCGUCGGCGGCGAUGGUCGUGGCGGAGAGGCGACGGCGGUGGUGGAGUCUCUGCAGGGACGAGGAGGACGCGAGACCGGCGGCGGCGGCGGCUGCUUCGCUGGGUGAUUUUCUGGAGGUGGAGAGGAGGUUCGGUGACGGUGCGGUGUUUUACGGUGCGGCGGCGGAGCUGGAAGGAGUUAUGGUCGAUCAGCCUAGGAAUGGAAGGUUGUUGUUCGCCGAUGGGAGGGUUCUUCCGCCGGCUGAGAAUGACGAAACGACGUCGUCUCCGUCGUCGUCUACGGCUGCCGUUCUUUGUAGUAGAUUCCCGGCUUCUCUCACCGGGAUCUGCUGUACCGGCGGUGCAGGAUAACGUUUCUCUUUUUUUUUUUCUUUUUCUUUUUUAAAUUGAAUUUUCUAAUUCAUCUCGUUCACGAAUAUUAAAAAUUUUAAAAUAUAUAUAUAAUAUUCUUUUAUUUUUGUUUGAAUGCUUUUGAUUUUUGUAUGUAAAGAAGAAAAAAAACAAAUAUAUGGGUUUAGCUUUUGGAUUUUUGGGGUUUGA